AGGGCGAGAGGCAGAUCAUUUAGGGAGGGAGAGAGAGAACGAGAGGAAUUCUCCACCUCCGCUCGAUUCCUCUCCUCAUUCUCCUCUUCGUGAGCGAGCGAGAGGAAUUCUCCACCUCUGUUGGAUUCUCCUCGACUUCCUCUUCGUCAGAGAGAGAGAGAGAGAGAGAGGAUUCUCCACCUCCGUUCGACUCCUCUCCUUAAGGCUCCUCUUCUUCGUCUUCCUUCCGUGUCCACCUACUUUUCUCACCGAGAAGGCAAAUGGCGUUAGCAGCAGCGGCGGCGGGGUAUGUGACUAUGAGGGCGGAGAAGGGUGUUGGGGCUCCGUCGUCGUUGUUCGGGGCGGACUACAUGUUCCGGUGGGAGCAGCAGGGGGAGUACAUGGAGCGGCGGCAGACCUUCCUCCGGAGCUACCACUUCUGCCGCAGGCAGGGCCCCAGAGAGAAGGCGCUCCGCGUCCGCCGCCUCGCCUGGGCCCGCCUCAGCGGCGUCCGCCGCCUGCCGCGCCUCCUCUGGGCCAAGAUCCGCUCCGCCCUCGCCCUCGUCCGCGGCGGGCGCAGGAGGAGGCCAUCCCACCGCAUGGCCUCCGUCUCCUCGUUCCAGCGUCUGCCGCACCGCCGCAGCGCCAGCAACAUCAGCAGCAGCUCCUCCGCGGAGUCGCCCAGGUGGUAGUCGUCAUAGGAGGCAGGGGCGGCCGCCUCUCUCAAGAAAGCUCUCUUUCUUCCGCUGGCAUUAGAAGUCGUGUCAGCAGGAUAACUGGAAGCAUACGCAUGUGCAACGGCUUCCUUAAACAGGCGCAAGAAAGCCACUGCAAGAACGUGAAGAUGCAUGAAUAGAAUAUAACUAAAUGAUCUCUUGGCAUCCAUUCUUCAGGUCAUUACUUUUAGUUGGAUUUACGUACGUGAGUUUGAGAUGUUAUUUCCAUGAGUUGAUGCCCCUCGAAACCAAAGCAUCAUAGUCACUUGUGAGAUUUUCCAAAAUUGAUUCCCACAGUCCAAAAAAAUUACUUCCUAUAAAUAAUUUCGUCCAUUGCUUUACAAAUUA